GCGCUGCAGCGCGCUGCUCCCGCGGCGCCCCCGACCAGGUGGCUGUGCUCGCUCCAUGGUGCUUGGAAGACCCCCGUCCUCUCGCCUGACCUGUGUGGCCUUGGUGAGCAGGCUGUGCCCCUGAGAGUUGCAGCUGUUUCCACCUGGAAGUCUGGGGCUUCUGAGCGCAGGGCAACUGGGCCAGACCACCUUGGAGCAGCCCCUCUUUGAGCCUGCCCGCGGAGAAGCAGCCCCAUGCUGGUCCCCAGCCAUGCAAUGUUCGUGGAAGGCCGUCCUUCUCCUCGCCCUGGCCUCCAUCGCCAUCCAGUACACGGCCAUCCGCACCUUCACGGCCAAGUCCUUCCACGGCUGCCCGGGGCUCUCGGAGGCGGGGCUGGCCGAGCGGCUGUGCGAGGAGGGCCCCACCUUCCCCUACAACGCGUCGCGCAAGACGCACAUCCUCAUCCUGGCCACCACCCGCAGCGGCUCGUCCUUCGUGGGCCAGCUCUUCAACCAGCACCUGGACGUCUUCUACCUGUUCGAGCCCCUCUACCACGUGCAGAACACGCUCAUCCCGCGCCUGACGCAGGGCAAGAGCCCGGCCGACCGGCGGGUGAUGCUGGGCGCCAGCCGCGACCUGCUGCGCAGCCUGUACGCCUGUGACCUCUACUUCCUGGAGAACUACAUUCGCCCGCCGCCCGCCAACCACACCACCGACCGCAUCUUCCGGCGCGGUGCCAGCCGCGUGCUGUGCUCGCGGCCCGUGUGCGGCGCGCCCGGCGCCGCCGACCUGGUGCUGGAGGAGGGCGACUGCGUGCGCAAGUGCGGCCAGCUCAACCUCACGGUGGCCGCGCAGGCCUGCCGUGAGCGCAGCCACGUGGCCAUCAAGACGGUGCGCGUGCCCGAGGUGAAGGACCUGCGCGCGCUGGUGGAGGACCCGCGCCUGAACCUCAAGGUCAUCCAGCUGGUGCGCGACCCCCGCGGCAUCCUGGCGUCGCGCAGCGAGACCUUCCGCGACACCUACCGCCUGUGGCGGCUGUGGUACGGCACGGGCCGCAAGCCCUACAACCUGGACGUGACGCAGCUCACCACCGUGUGCGAGGACUUCUCCAACUCGGUGGCCACGGGCCUCACGCGGCCCGCCUGGCUCAAGGGCAAGUACAUGCUGGUGCGCUACGAGGACCUGGCGCGCCACCCCAUGCAGAAGACCGAGGAGAUCUACGGCUUCCUGGGCAUCCCCCUGGAUGGCCACGUGGCGCGCUGGAUCCAGAACAACACGCGCGGCGACCCCACGCUGGGCAAGCACAAAUACGGCACGGUGCGCAACUCGGCGGCCACGGCCGAGAAGUGGCGCUUCCGCCUCUCCUACGACAUGGUGGCCUUUGCCCAGAGCGCCUGCCAGCGGGUGUUGGCCCAGCUGGGCUACAAGAUGGCCAGCUCGGAGGAGGAGCUCAAGAACCCAGCCGUCAGCCUGGUGGAGGAGCGGGACUUUGGCCCAUUCUCGUGACCCGGGUGCCCCCAGCGCGGGUGAGGGGGGCACUCACUGGCCACUGGUUUUGAUAACAUGGACCGUUUCUAACUGUUGCCUUAUUCCCCCUCCCGCCCCUCCUUAUCCCUGUCUUUGUGUCCUUCCUGCCCCCGCCCCCACCCCCACCCCCUCCUUUCCUUCUGCCUCUUUUUUGUCUCUGAAAUUUGCACUAUGUCUUGGACAGGAAUCAAGGGGGAGGGGCAGAGGGGCAGGAAGUGGGGGCCCCCCUCUCCCCUGCACCCGCUUCCGUCACGUGGGUGCUGGGGUCUCCGGUGUGGGUGGUGACGAUGUUUACAAGCACUGCACUCACACACGCACACACAUGCACACACGCAUGCACACUCACACACACAGACACACACAGACACACACACACACACACACACACACAUGAACGGCCACGUGGAGAGACUUUCCCCAAAUCCACGCAGCUUCCGGAAGCUUUUCCAAUGGACCCCGUCAGGUGCGGCAGUUUUUUGCACUGUCUGCCUGGGACAAAGAGGUUGAAAGCAAAAAGGCCUCCUAAUUUAUGAAUGGUGACUCGCCCUCCCAUCUGCUUCCGGCCCGGUGGAGCAGAGAUCCUGCCCCUCCAUCCCCCCCACCCCACUCCCCCUGCUGCCCUGCGUGGCCUGUGGUGAGCAGGUUUUUACUGUGAGGUGAAUGUGGACCUUGUUUAUUUUAAUUUUUUUCCAGUCUGGUGAUGCUGUCUGUCUGUCUGUCUGAGUCUUGUGGUUACCCCUGGACCAGUGAUGACUGAUACAUCUUCUUAGGGGUUUCUGGUUGAUCUUGGGGGUCCAUCUGUGAUAUUUCUUUGUGCCAAAAAAAGUUAAAAAAAAAGUGGAUCAGUUUGCUCUAAAGAACAUGGAAAUGCUUUAUCUGUGUUUUCUGUAAAUAAAAAAAGAGGACAGUA